AAAGUGAGUUUUUAGGUUUUAAUAUUAUUCAUUGUCUAUCAUGUUGACAUAUAGGAAGGCACAUCGGCACCUAACCACAAGCUCUAUUUCAACGAUUCAACAAAUCCUCACCGUUGCGACGUCGUUUACCAUCAACAAUGGCGUCCUCAAUGCAAGCUCUCAACGUUAGACCCUUUGGAUUCAACUCUACAUCCGUUGUUCCUCAACGCCAGCCACGGCCGGUGAUUAUCCGGUGUUCCGCCGCCUCAUCCACCGCCAAAAGCUACAACAUCACUCUGCUUCCUGGCGAUGGAAUCGGCCCUGAAGUCAUCUCCGUCGCCAAGAACGUUCUUAAUCUUGCCGGCUCAAUCGAAGGGAUUGAAUUCAAGUUCAAUGAGAAGCUUAUGGGAGGCGCUGCUUUGGAUGCUACCGGAGUUCCGUUACCGGAGGAAACACUCACGGCUGCGAAGCAAUCUGAUGCCGUUCUUCUUGGUGCUAUUGGCGGGUAUAAAUGGGAUAAAAACGAGAAACAUUUGAAGCCUGAGACCGGAUUACUUCAGCUUCGUGAAGGUCUUAAGGUUUUUGCAAAUUUAAGGCCAGCAUCUGUUCUACCUCAGUUAGUGGAUGCUUCAACUUUGAAGAAAGAGGUUGCUGAAGGUGUUGAUUUGAUGGUUGUAAGGGAACUUACAGGAGGUAUCUACUUUGGAAAACCAAGAGGAUUUGGAACUGAUGAAAAUGGUAAUGAGAUUGGCUUCAACACCGAGGUUUAUGCAGCAUAUGAGAUUGACCGAAUUGCUCGUAUUGCAUUUGAGACAGCUCGAAAGCGCAGUGGCAAACUUUGUUCUGUUGACAAAGCAAAUGUCCUCGAGGCGUCAAUGUUGUGGAGGAAAAGGGUAAUAGCAAUAGCUGCAGAGUAUCCUGAUGUUGAACUCUCCCACAUGUAUGUAGACAAUGCAGCCAUGCAACUUGUCCGAAAUCCAAAACAGUUUGACACAAUAGUUACAAACAACAUAUUUGGUGAUAUUUUAUCAGAUGAGGCUUCAAUGAUCACUGGAAGCAUUGGAAUGCUUCCUUCUGCUAGUCUUAGUUCAUCGGGACCCGGACUAUUUGAACCAAUCCAUGGUUCUGCACCUGAUAUUGCUGGACAGGAUAAAGCAAACCCCUUGGCAACCAUUCUGAGUGCUGCAAUGCUUUUGAAAUAUGGCCUCGGUGAAGUGGCGGCAGCUGAGCGGAUUGAGCUGGCGGUGUUGGAUGCUUUAAAUCGGGGGUUUCGUACCGGUGACAUUUACUCAGAUGGGAAUAAAUUGGUUGGAUGCAAGGAGAUGGGGGAGGAAGUGUUGAAGUCGGUGGAUACAAAGAAAGUUGUAUCGGUUUAAAUAAAAAGUGAGUUUUUUUAGAGGUUGCUAUUAAUUUAUUAUCUCAUUUUGAGAUUAAUCAUCUUUGUUUUUUCGGCUCUUUUUAUUGAAAAUUAUUGUAUGUAAUGUGAAAUUGUGGGAGUUUUUCAAUCGAAAGUUUUUGGAGUUUAUAAA